UAUAAAAUUGAGGUGGUGUCAUCAAAUAAAAAGUCAAGGCGAACAUGUCGAGCGAACCUAAGCCGGUUAUUCGAUAUUCUUAAGUAUGUGUUAUGCGAGCGCUACUAUAUGAAGGAUAGAUUACAUGAAAAGUUUGUCAGUUUGUAUUUAGCUGCUGCGUAAAGCAAAGAUCGCAGUUUUCCCGCAGCAGCUGAAUAAUUCAGUUAUCGAAUAAAAUCGUUACACACGCAACAGAAUUAUGGAGGCGUGCUUGGCAGCCAGUUGCGCAGCUGCGACGACUGAUGCCUCCUCUUCCGUUUUUCUGCAACUGGUGCAAACGCUUUUGGUCGCACAGUGCAGUUUGAGCGACACGAGCAAAUAUCCGGCGGACCGCUCGGAAGAAAUCGCUCGGAAUAGCAACAUCGAGUUUGACUUUGUUGUCGUGGGCGCUGGAAGUGCCGGUUCUAUAGUGGCAAGACGUUUAACCGAGAUAGAAAACUGGAAGGUGCUGCUGAUCGAGGCCGGAGAUGACCCCUCAGCUAUCAGCGAGAUCCCAUUGUUGUUCAUGGAGAUAUUGUCGACGGCGGAGGAUUACGCCUACGACGCCGAGUCCGACGAACUGAUUUGCCAAGGUUGCAAGAAUAAGAGGUGCAAAUGGAACAAGGGUAAAGUCCUCGGCGGUAGCAGCACGAUAAACGGCAUGAUGUACAUUUACGGCAACGAUGAGGAUUAUAACGAGUGGUCGCGGAUGGGUAACGAAGGAUGGAGCUACGAGGAAGUCCUGCCAUACUUCAAGAAAUCGCAGAAUUGCGAUUACGUUCACAACGACGAGGAGAGUAGAAAGUACUGCGGUCACGAUGGACCGAUGCACCUCAGAUAUUUCAAUUACACCGACACAGGAAUAGAAAAAAUGUUUAUGGACGCCGCUCGCGAGUUAAACGUGCCGAUCUUGCAAAAUAUCAAUAGCGCCAAGUAUACUGGAUACGGCAUAGCUCCGGUAAUUACGAAUGACGGUCGCAGGAUAAACAUGGCUGAAGCCUUCCUGUCGCCGAUCAAAGACAAGAGCAACCUCUACGUGAUGAAGUCUAGCCGAGCCGACGCCAUUCUCCUGGAUGGAACUCGAGCGGUCGGAGUACAUGUGACCCUGAAGGACGGCAGGUCGAUCGAUGUGAAAGUGUCUAAGGAAGUGAUUCUAUCUGCCGGCAGUAUCGCCAGUCCACAACUGCUAAUGUUGUCCGGCAUCGGACCUAGGCAGCAUCUGCUCGAAAUGGGAAUAUCGAGUGUCGUUGACUCACCAGUCGGCAAGAACCUUCAGAACCACGUCGGCUGGCAAGGCUUGUAUCUGGCUUACAAGAACGAGACCGCGCGACCACCAUCACCGACCUUCAUCAUGGACGAGACUUAUCAAUACUUGAUGCAUAAAAGAGGAACUUUUGCAACCAACGGUGGCUUCCAUUUCGUCAGUUUUGUCAAUGUAAGUGAUCCGACGUCCAAGUACGCCGACACGGGAUUCUUUCAUAUUCAUUACCCACAGUGGCAUGUGGACCUAAUGACAUCGAAGAUAUUCUCCAUGGCUGACGAUAUAAAGCAAGGUAUAAUAAAAAUGCUCAAGGACGUCGACUUGCUCGUGCCCAUGACGAGUCUACUGAAGCCGAAAAGCAGGGGCGAGUUGCUACUGCGUAGCAAGGACCCGGCGCUUCCUGUCAAGAUUUACGCGAAGAGCUUCUCCGAGCAAGAGGACAUCGACGGAAUGUUGAAGUCUUUGGACUUUGUCAAGAAAAUACUGAAGACCGAGACAUUCGUACGACAAGGAGCAUGGCUGCAUCAUCUGGACAUCCCGGGUUGCCGACAUACCGAACCCGAUUCCGACGAAUACUGGAGAUGCAACUUGCGACACAUGUCCUUCGAGUAUUUCCACCCGGUUGGCACGGCCAAAAUGGGCCCUCGAGAGGACCCGACGGCCGUCGUGGAUGCUCGACUGAGGGUUCACGGUGUGCAAGGACUCAGGGUCAUUGAUGUAUCCAUCAUGCCGACGAUCAACAGCGGAACUACGAUGGCGCCUGCGAUGAUGAUAGGGGAGAAAGGAGCAGAUCUAAUCAAGCAAGAUUGGUUAAAUUCUGGACAGAAGGACGAGCUUUAGAAAGGAACGCAGCUGUGUUAUUUGUCCAGCGUAUAACCGGGGGGGGGGUAUCUCUUUCCGUUGUGUUAUAUUAUUCUUUUUGUUACGUCGGUAUCGGAAUUGUUGGGUAAGUUCGUUUGAGUUUCGAGAACGGACCGAGUGUAUAUGUAAUAAUAUUUUCUCAAUUAUAACUUACAACUAUAAGUUAUAACUAUAUAAUGUAAUACUGGAUGUACUUUUGUUAGCGACAAAUAAAUUUAAGUCGCAGUAAAAAUAGCACUCUAAAUCACUUGUAUGAUUAUUAAUUGCGGCAGAAUGUAAUGUUUGGACUCGUACGAAAUUUUAGCAUUCGAGGAAUGUAGUGAGUGAAAAUGGAAAUGGAAAAUAUUCGAUCUUCGAGAAAUAAUAAUAAGGAGACUCUGCGAUUUACUACAUAUUGAUAUUUCUUAUACUUACAACUUUCUCGGUUCUUUUAUUAGCUUAGAAAUGUUCCUUCAUUCGUUUCGAUUGUCUCACUAUCAGGUGACCUUUAUAGCUCAAUCAGUUUUUAUUCUGCAUGAUGCAAUAAUAGUAAAAACUACAGAGAAGAAAACACGAAGUAAAAACAUACACAAAACAUAAACAAAAAAUAUAAAAAAUACACACUCUCACGAAAUAUAUAAUAAUAGAAACGAUAUCAGAACUUUAUUCUAUAAUAAGAAAUCGAUAAAUGAAACGUGUAAAAGAAGAGGAAUAAAAAGAAAAGGAAAUGCGUCCCAUUUUUCGAAUAUCGAGGACGAAACCAAAAAUCGCGUCUAUUUCUCUCGCUAUUGUCCCGUCGUCUUCUCUCUGGCGUUGCCGUGGCCGGCUUUUUGCCCAUUCUUCCUUCCAUUCCUUCCAUUGUUCUCUCAGCAAUGUUAAGACCUUGUCUACAAACAGUCAGGAGACGUUGUCGUGUGUCGUAUACAUGCGCACAACCUUGAUUUUUAUAUAUGACGCCACAUAAAAAUCACAUAAAAAUCAAGGCAAAGAUAAAAGUUACGCGCGUGCGUAUAAUACGUGGAUUAUAGAUGAAGUUUAACAGUAUAUAAAGAAACAUACGGCGUACACGUUCUUCAUCCUUUGUCGAUAUAACCAACCGUGAACACAGACAACUCUCAAUUUCAUGGUGAAUCAGCUAAAAACACGUGAGAACCUACGCAAUUCGCUUCUCGACAUUCUGAUGAUUUGUAUUUCCACGCAAUGUCAUCGACGAUCAAACGAAAUAUUUUUAUAUCACGCAAGAGACGUCGGCGAUAGAUGAUAAGCAACGUGAGCAGUCACUGAUAUCUACCUAAAAAUAGUUGAACCUCGCGGAUCUCCUUCGCACGUGUCUGUUUCAUGACAAUCAAAGAAUAAAUAUAUCACACUGACAUGAACAUUUUGAAAUAUUAGCUGAUCCUACUGAGUCAUUAUUACUUUACUCGGUCUCAUUUUCGAACAAGGCCAACGAAAAAAACAGUUGCAGUUGGGCGCCCGGUUGUUCGCAAGAGAAAAUUACUUUAAUCUAA